UGUGUGUGUGUGUGUCUAAGUGUGUAAGUGUGUUGUGGUCCCAGCUGAGUCAUCAUGUCUGCUCUGACGCCUCCGACCGAUAUGCCAACCCCCACCACUGACAAGAUCACACAGGCUGCCAUGGAGACCAUCUACCUUUGCAAAUUCCGUGUGUCUAUGGAUGGAGAAUGGCUCUGCCUUCGAGAGUUGGAUGACAUCUCCCUCACACCUGACCCCGAGCCUACCCACGAAGACUCUUGGGAGGAUUUGACAGAUUUGGUGGAGCAAAUGCGCGAUGAUACUGAAGAUCCCAAUUAUCUCAUGGCUAACGAACGCAUGAACCUGAUGAACAUGGCCAAGCUGAGUAUCAAGGGCUUGAUUGAGUCAGCUCUGAACCUCGGGAGGACUCUGGACUCCGACUACGCGCCUCUGCAACAGUUCUUUGUGGUCAUGGAGCAUUGCCUGAAACAUGGCUUGAAAGCUAAGAAAACUUUCCUUGGACAAAACAAAUCUUUUUGGGGGCCUCUAGAACUCGUAGAAAAACUUGUUCCAGAAGCUGCAGAGAUAACAGCAAGUGUCAAAGAUCUUCCAGGACUUAAGACACCAGUAGGAAGAGGAAGAGCAUGGCUUCGUUUGGCAUUAAUGCAAAAGAAACUUUCAGAGUAUAUGAAAGCGUUGAUCAAUAAAAAGGAACUUCUCAGUGAAUUCUAUGAACCCAAUGCUCUCAUGAUGGAAGAAGAAGGAGCCAUAAUCGCUGGUCUCUUGGUGGGUUUGAAUGUCAUUGAUGCCAAUUUCUGUAUGAAAGGAGAAGAUUUGGACUCUCAGGUUGGAGUCAUAGAUUUUUCAAUGUAUCUCAAGGAUGGGAACAGCAGUAAAGGUAGUGAAGGAGAUGGCCAGAUUACUGCAAUUCUUGACCAGAAGAACUAUGUAGAAGAACUCAACAGACAUCUGAAUGCUACUGUAAACAACCUUCAGGCUAAAGUGGAUGCACUGGAAAAAUCCAACACUAAGUUGACAGAGGAGCUUGCAGUCGCAAACAACAGGAUUAUUACCUUGCAAGAAGAAAUGGAACGAGUUAAAGAGGAAAGCUCCUACAUCUUGGAAUCCAAUCGGAAGGGUCCCAAACAAGACAGAACUUCAGAAGGGCAAGCUCUAAGUGAAGCCAGAAAGCAUUUAAAGGAAGAGACACAACUACGACUGGAUGUUGAAAAGGAACUGGAGAUACAGAUCAGCAUGAGGCAGGAGAUGGAGCUGGCCAUGAAGAUGCUGGAGAAAGAUGUCUGUGAGAAGCAGGAUGCCCUGGUGUCUCUGCGGCAGCAGCUGGACGAUCUCAGGGCGCUCAAGCAUGAACUUGCCUUUAAGCUGCAGAGUUCAGACUUAGGAGUGAAACAGAAAAGUGAACUAAACAGUCGCUUGGAAGAGAAGACUAAUCAGAUGGCGGCUACCAUUAAACAGCUCGAGCAAAGUGAAAAGGAUUUGGUGAAACAGGCAAAGACCUUAAAUAGUGCAGCAAAUAAACUGAUCCCCAAACAUCAUUAAGCAUUUUGGACUUGGUCACCUCACAAGUCUGAUACUGCAAUUGUAGAAGGAAGACACUUGAAAGUCAGCAACAUCUGAGCUCUGAUUCUCAAUUAAACCACCAAAACCUAAAUCUGAAUUUGUUGGACUUUAAAAAAAAAAAAAGUUUGACAUGUAGACUGUGUUGUUCUGUUGUUUUGGGUUUUUUCCCCCCAGAGUUAGAAGGUUUAGUAUAAGUUCUUGAUUAAAUGCCAACCAAACUUUGAGAAAUUGCUUCUGAGAAAACCACUGAACGUACCAUCCAACAGUCCUAGGGAAUUGAACCGCAUAUUCUUGCCGCCUUUACAGCCCAGUCCCUGCAAGGUCAGGUUCCAGAUGCCCUGGGAGGAAACCUGUUCUGCUCGUGCAGUUAGGGAGCUAGAGGUGACUACCUUAUGGACUUGGACUCUGUUAAAGUAGCUCCAUAUGUCCCAAGUCAUGACCCCCUUUCACUUCCGUUCCAUAGGUUUAACCCCCAAGCCAAGGAUAAGUAACUUAGUAUUUUACUACAGAUCUCUUCUCAGUAUCCAGGAUUGCUUGCAAGUUUUUGCCUUAGUGACUUUGAAGAAAAAAAUACAACCACGGCACCCUUGCAUUUCUUUAAAGAACAUAGAGAUAAAGUUAGUGAUUAGGUAACUUAUGAUAAUGUGAUAAUGUGGAAGCUUGGGAAAAUCCUCCCCCUGUCACCUUCUACCUCUGCCAUUUUCCUGUAAUGUCACUUCCUGUUAGGUAGCUCAGAGACAAAAUAAUCUCUCCUAGAAAGGAAAUACACCUCAUUUUUUUUCAACGCUAUCCGACUUUCUCCUUGUGGGGUGAAAACAAGAUACAGGUCUGAGUGACUGUUUCCUAAUUCUCAUUCCUUGAGUGGAAACACUUUAUGUUUGGAUGGGGAUUUGCUAACAUUUCUGGGAAACUUAACAAUCCAAUUAUUAGAAAACUGUUUCAAACUUGGAGAUACACUAUAAACUUCUAUUUUCUUAAUAUUAUUUAGUCUGAUUAUUGCUAUCCCAAUAGUUAUUCACAAACAAUAACUAGCAGGGUUUCUUUUUCUAAAUGACCACAGUUCUAAUCCUUUCUGAGUUUUACAUGGUAAAUAAUCCUUUAAAUACACUGAUUUUUUUUAAUCACUUUUGAUUGGGGGAAUAGGCUUUGCAUAGCCUUCGUUCUUUCAAAAAGUCUGGCAAAAUAUUUGAGUUCUUUACAUUCUGGUAUGAUUUGCAGCAUUUCAGCUGCCUAGAUAGAAACAAAGAUAAUCCCUUUGCUUCCAGCUCUUAAAAUUCUUUAUCACCUUCUUAAGGAAAAAAGGCAAAAUUAAAGGAAUAAAAUGGAUGUCAUGUGUGCUUUAAUAGGUCCUUGCACACUCAACCAAAGUCAAGUCAAACAGUUGACUUUGAUCUGACCAAUCUCAUGGAAGAUCCUGUUUUACUGAACUUAUUUUAGUUCUGACAACUUUGCACCUAUAAAUACAAAGUCUUUCAUUGUCUUUUCUCAUCAUCCUUUUGUGGUGAUGAAUUGCCUUUUGUAUGAGCGUUCGAAAGGAGUGCUCAGACACCAAAAUAAAAUAUUUUGAGGACUAUACGUAGCAUGCUUCCAAAUUCUGUUAUAUGCAGCCCCAAGUGUUUCACAUUUUCAAACAUGGUUUUUGUUUCUGUUUUUAUCGGUACAAAGUUAUAGAAUAUUCAGAGGAAAACAUUCAUCAGAAUCUUCUAGAGAUUUUGGUCAGACAUCUUAUGCAAGCCUGGUGCUGAGUUGUUUGUUCAUUUCGUCACACACCACCCCAUAGGAAUGGCAAAACAGAGAGAUGGCCAAACUCUGAUGAAGGCUUUUCCAGAUGUAGUGACCUGCUGCCUAGGUUAAGGAUUGAUGUAUAAUGUCUAAUGAUUUAAUAUAACUUGUGAUGUAGGGAAUGAACCAAAAAUUCCAAUUCCACAGAUAAAAGGUAAUUGCCCAUUUGCAAGUUCCAAGUAUGUGUGUGAAACAAGUGUAAGGUAUCAAGCUUAAUAGAAAAACAAAAGUGAAUUUAACUUUAAUAGCUGUGUACUUGAGGUUGGCUUUGGAUAUGGAUUUUCUAAAAAAAAAAAAGUGUUGUUUUAUUGUUUAUCAUCUAAUGGCUGUAAACUGUAGUACUAGAAUAAAAAAAAAAAGGAAAA